AAAAAAAAAAAGGCAGAUCCAAGCAGAGUAGGAAACACAGACAAGGAGAGAGAGAGGGGAAAGUGGAGCCGAGACAAUAGAAAAGGGAGGGAGUGAGAAGCACGAGAAGAAGAUAGAGGUUUGCAGAGACUCUUGGAAAUACUCCUGCACAGCUUCCUAAGAAUGAAGAGGAGGGAAGGACCUUGAUUUGUACAGCACAUAAGCAGAGCAUGCAGCUUGCAGGCAACCCUUCUCUCAAUAUGUUCCCUAUCAUUCUUCACAUCUGCAAAGCUACUUGGAUAGUCGAUGUGGAAUAUUAGUUUCAGAUCACGCAGUCUACGACUACAAGACUUUAAGAACUGGGGGAAAGCGAGGAGCAAUAGAAAAGUAUUGCACAUUAUUAUUACUUCCUAAGGACCAGCCAAUUGUUUCCUGCUCAGGUGACCAUGCUGCGCUUGGCUUCUAUUUGUUGCUGUCUUUCUUUGGUCCACUGUUGGACAACUUUUCAGCACCAGUUCCCAGCUUUCAGGAGCUCCUCAUCACAAGUUUUCCAGAUCUCAGACAGCAGGAUUACUCAAGGUACAGAAAGCACAGAAAAUAAAGUGGAGAGGCUGGGACAGUAUUUUAAGAAGAACAUUAGGAGGUUGAGGGAGACAAGUCACAACCUGGACCUGGUUUUCUUGGUGGAUGAGUCUUCUAGUGUAGGACAUGCCAACUUUGUUAAUGAACUAAGGUUUGUGAAGAAGCUCCUCUCAGAUUUUCCGGUGGUGACUUCUGCUACAAGAGUGGCUAUUGUAACCUUCUCUUCCAAGAACAAUGUUCAAACCAGAGUGGAUUACAUUUCCUCAAGUCAGUCCCACCAACACAAGUGUUCUCUUCUUAACAGAGAGAUCCCAGCUAUCACCUACAAAGGAGGGGGGACUUACACCAAAGGAGCCUUCCAGCAAGCUGUGCAAAUAUUACGGCAAUCCCGUACUGAUUCAACUAAGGUGAUAUUUCUUAUCACGGAUGGCUAUUCAAAUGGGGGAGACCCAAGACCUGUUGCAGCCGGUCUACGAGAUCUUGGAGUGGAAAUCUUUACAGUUGGAAUAUGGCAAGGCAAUAUUCGAGAGCUACACGACAUGGCAUCCCAGCCGAAAGAGGAGCACUGUUACCUGUUGCAUAGCUUUGCUGAGUUUGAAGCACUAGCUCGACAUGCACUACAUGAAGAUCUGCCUUCUGGGAGCUACAUUCAGGAGGACAUUGUACAUUGCUCUUAUCUGUGCGAUGCUGGGAAAGACUGCUGUGAUGUCAUGGCAAGCUGCAAGUGCGGUACUCACACUGGCCAAUACGAGUGCAUCUGUGAAAAAGGAUAUUACGGUAAAGGGCUGCAAUAUGAGUGUACAGCCUGUCCGUCUGGAACGUACAAACCUGAUGGUAAACCUGGAGGAGUCAGCACUUGUAUCUCCUGUCCUGAUCCAAACCACACAUCUCCACCAGGCAGCACAUCCGUAGACGACUGUGUAUGUAAAGAGGGAUAUGAAGAAGAAGGUCAAAUCUGCAAAGUUGUGCGCUGCCCUGAGUUGCAGCCUCCAGAGAAUGGCUAUUUCAUCCAGAACAUCUGCAACAAUCACUUUGAUGCAGCCUGUGGAAUUCGAUGCAAGACAGGGUAUGAAUUAGUUGGAAGCAGCAUUCGGCUUUGUCAACCAAAUGGACUGUGGUCUGGCUCUGAAGCCACCUGCAGAGUACGAACCUGUCCAAAACUUCGUCCCAUUGAAAAUGGCAAAAUAAGCUGUUCCUCAAGUGACACGUCCUAUGGAACUGUAUGUUCUGUGACCUGUAAUCAUGGAUACAAAGUAAAGGGAGUUUCUAAACUUGUUUGCCAAGAAAACUCAUACUGGGAUGCAAAGGAGCCAAUAUGUACAGAAAUCUACUGCCCUGCGAUUUCCAAACCUGAUAAUGUUCUAUUACUUCCACUGACAUGUGGACAAGAGGCAGCCAUAUACGGAUCAGUAUGCUAUUUGGGAUGUGGAAAAGGAUUUGUCUUGUCUGGUGUCAAGAAUGAAAUAAAAUGCAUGUCCAAUGGGAAGUGGAGCGAAGAUGUCCAAACAGCAACAUGCAGAGACAUUGAACCUCCAGUAAUCAAAUGUCCGGAUAAUAUAACUGCAGAAAACAUUCAGCACCAAAAUACAGCACAAAUUGAUUGGGAAAUUCCGAAAGCGACAGAUAAUACAGAAGAAGAGGUGUUGAUUGAGGUUAGUCCAGCUUUUCUACCACCUCAUAUGUUUCCUAUCGGGGAGGUAUCUGUAAAAUAUACUGCAACAGACAAUUCAGGUAACCAGGCGAGUUGUACCUUCAACAUCAAGGUUAUUGAUGUAGAUCCUCCGGUCAUAGACAGAUGCAGAUCACCGCCAGCCAUUCAAGCAAUUGAUAGCAAGCAGAGUGUUACCUGGGAAGAACCACAAUUCUCCGACAACUCAGGUGCUCCUUUAAUUAUUACCAAAACUCAUUCUCCUGGAGAUAUUUUUGCUAAAGGGGAAACAACUGUUCAGUAUGUUGCGAUUGAUCCUUCGGGUAAUACUAGAACGUGUGAGAUUCAUAUUGUCAUUAAAGGCUCACCAUGUGAAAUUCCAUCAACACCUCAAAAUGGGGAAUUUGUCUGCUCUAAGGACACGGAUGGCAUAAACUGCACACUCCAGUGUAAGGAAGGAUUUGAAGUAGCAGAAGGCACUGUUCAGAAUCUAUAUUGUACUUUUAAAGAUGGUUUAUGGAAGCCACCACAAGCAACAGAUUGGCCUGACUGCUCUGUGAAACGUUUUGCUAACCAUGGAUUCAAGUCCUUUGAAAUGUUGUACAAGGCCACACGAUGUGAUGACACCAACCUGCUGAGGAACUUUGCAGAUGCUUUUCAAACAUCUCUUGGUAAAAUGGUUCCGUCUUUCUGCAGUGAUGUCGAUGACAUUGAUUGCCGGCUUGAAGAUCAGUACCAGCGACAGUGCCUUGAAUACAAUUAUGAUUAUGAGAAUGGAUUUGCUAUAGGACCUGGUGGCUGGGGAGCGGCGAACAGAUUGGAUUACUCUUAUGAUGAUGUUUUUGAUGUAACAGAGGAUGAACUGGGUGAAAAGUCCAUGUCUGAUACCACAUCUCAUCUACGUGUGAAGAGACAUAGAAGGGUGAAUAUUUCACCAACUGAACAGAAAGUUAAGUUUGUUUUUAAUAUUACAGCAAGCGUACCACUGCCAGAGGCAAGAAAUGACACAUUGGAAUCAAAUAACCAAGAACGUCUCCUUAAAACCUUAGAGACCAUAACAAAUAGGCUGAAGAGGACUCUUCGUAAGGAGCCCUUGUACUCCUUUCACUUUUCUUCAGAAAUGAUAAUAGCCGAUAGUAACUCAUUGGAGGAAGGACAAGCUGUUCUCUUCUGUAGGCCAGGUUCUGUACUGAAAGGACGAAUGUGUGUAAUCUGCCCAAAGGGUACGUUUUAUUCCCUGGAACACAACACAUGUGACAGCUGCUGGAUAGGAUCAUACCAGGAUGAAGAAGGCCAAAUGGAUUGUAAAAGCUGCCCUUCUGGCACUUACACUGAAUACCUGCACUCGAAGCGUAUAUCUGAAUGCAAAGCUCAGUGCAAGCCUGGAACUUAUUCUUCAAAUGGUCUUGAAACCUGUGAGUCGUGUCCACAUGGUACUUACCAAUCGCUGAUAGGAGCAAAGUUCUGUGUCUCCUGCCCAAAGGGAAUGUCAACAGUUAAAAGAGGAGCAGUGGAUGUCUCAGAAUGUGGAGUUCCAUGCCAUGUCGGGGAGUUUUCACGGUCUGGACUGGUGCCAUGCUUUCCUUGUCCAAGGGACUACUAUCAGCCGGAACCGGGGAAAUCUUAUUGCCUGUCAUGUCCAUUUUACGGAACAACAACUAUGACUGGAGCCAGGUCGAUAACAGACUGCUCAAGUUUUGGCUCCAGCUUCUCGGCAGCAGAGGAAAGCGUAAUGAUUCCCAUUUCUCCUCAAAAUGUCAACAGCAAAUACAAAGUCAGCAGUCAGGUUUUUCAUGAUUGCUUUUUAAAUCCAUGCCAGAAUAGUGGAACCUGUAAACAGGUUGGAAGUGGAUAUACUUGCACGUGUCUCAGAGGCUACACAGGUACGAAGUGUGAAAUUAACAUUGAUGACUGCAAAUCCAUGCCAUGCAGAAACAAUGGAAUAUGUAAUGAUGGGGUUGGGAAAUUCGAAUGCCGUUGUCCCGCUGGCUUCAGAGGUUCUAUAUGUGAAGAAAAUAUUAAUGAAUGUGCUUCUAGUCCGUGUAAAAACGAGGGCACGUGCAUUGACAGCAUAAACAUGUACCACUGCCGCUGUGCGAAUGGAUUUCUAGGAACAAAUUGUGAAAUAGAAAUCGAUGAAUGUUUGUCAAAGCCUUGUGUAAACAACGGUGAAUGUACGGAUCUGAAAGGAGAUUUUCAAUGUCUGUGUCCCCCCGGAUAUACCGGCAAACGAUGUGAACAAAACAUUGAUGAUUGCCAAAGUAGACCUUGCAAGAAUGGGGCCUCCUGCAUUGAUGGAAUUAAUAGCUUCAGGUGUACAUGUAAGGAAGGCUUCAUCGGAAAGCUGUGUGAAGUCAAUGUCAAUGAAUGUGAAUCCAACCCUUGCCUUAACCAUGCUAAGUGUACAGAUGGCAUCAAUUCUUACACUUGUAAAUGUGCACCAGGAUUUUCAGGAAGCAGGUGUGAAACAGAACAGUCCUCUGGAUUUAACCUGGAGUUUGAGGUCUCCGCCAUCUACAGCUAUGUCAUGCUUGAUAACAUUUUACCGACACUCGGUGAAAUCACCUGUGCCUUCUGGAUGAAAUCCUCCGAUGUGACCAAUUAUGGGACACCAAUAUCCUAUGCCAUUGGUGAUGGCAUUGACAACGCGUUCCUUCUCACAGACUAUAAUGGAUGGGUGCUUUAUAUUAAUGGCAAAGGAAAAAUAACCAAUUGCCCCUCUGUAAAUGAUGGGAGAUGGCAUCAUAUUGUCGUUACUUGGACAAGCACUGAUGGGUCUUGGAAAGUUUAUAUUGAUGGGAAACUCUCUGAUCAUGGGAAAGGCCUAUCAGUAGGAAAACACAUACCUGGCGGGGGAGCAUUAGUGAUUGCACAGGAACAGGAUCAGAGGGGGGAAGGUUUCAACCCUGCAGAAUCUUUUGUUGGAUUGAUCAGUCAGCUUAAUAUUUGGGAUUACCCUCUUUCACCAGAACAGGUAAAAUUAUUGGCAAAUUCAUGCCCACAUCAUCUUCAAAAGGGAAAUGUUUUAGCUUGGGCAGAUUUUCUUCUAGGCGUGGUUGGAAAAGUUAAAGUAGACAAAAAAAGUAUAUUUUGUUCAGAUUGUCCAGCCUUGGAAGGCUUGUCACCUCAUUUGCAUGCAUCUGCCAGUGAUCUUACACCAGGCUCCAGGAUCAGCUUGUAUUGUGACCCUGGCUAUCAGAUCAUGGGUAGUUCAGAACAACAAUGCCUUAACCUGGGAGAGUGGGACCAACCUCCACCACGCUGUGAAAGAAUCAGCUGUGGAAAACCUCCUCAUCUGAAAAAUGGAAUUAAUACGGAUGAACACUUUUUUGCUGGAAGUACUGUCACUUACCAAUGUAAUAUUGGGUACUAUUUGCUUGGAGAUUCAAGGAUGUUUUGUACGGACAAUGGAAGCUGGGAUGGAACCUCACCUACGUGUCUGGACGUUGAUGAAUGCGCAGUUGGCUCCGAUUGUGAUAAACAUGCAUCAUGCACAAAUACCAAUGGCUCGUACAUUUGUACCUGUAUACAGCCAUACACUGGUGAUGGAAAAACAUGUACAGAACCAGUAAAAUGUCAAGAUCCAGAUCAGUUGGAAAAUGGAAAUUUUUCUGGCGACUUCUUUGGUGUUGGCAGUGAGCUGACUUUUUCAUGCAAUAAGGGAUAUGACUUAAUUGGUAGCACGAAAGUUACAUGUUUGGAGUCUGGUGACUGGAAUGUUGAAAUACCCUACUGCCAAGCUGUGUCAUGUGGAAAUCCUCCAGUUCCAGAACAUGGCAGUAUUGUUGGCUCCAAUUUCACCUAUGGGUUGACAGUGUUUUUCAGAUGCAAUGAGGGAUAUACAUUACUAGGCAAUAAAGAAACGGUAUGCCUUGCUGAUGGUUCCUGGAGCAAUGGAGUCCCAUCCUGUGAGGCAGUCACAUGCUCUAAACCAAAGGAAAUAGCUUAUGGGAAUGUCACAUUAACUGGUCUAAUAUACAAGUCAACAGCAUCAUAUACAUGUGAUACAGGAUACAGCUUGCAGGGUCCAUCUGUUUUGACGUGUGAAGCUUGGGGGAACUGGAGUAGUGAGCCUCCAUCCUGUGAAGUUGUGUCAUGUGGCCAUCCACCUGUUGUUAGAGAUGCCAUCUUCAAAGGAAAUGUCUUCACAUUUGGAAACACUGUGACAUACACUUGCAAAGAAGGCUACGAUCUAGUUGGUCAAGAAACUAUUACCUGCCUAACAACUGGGAAAUGGAGUGAGGAUAUUCCACAAUGUAUGGCUGUUUUGUGUGACGAGCCUCCAAACGUUGAUCAUGCUUCUUCAGACAGUGCCCAUAGACUUUAUGGAGACACUGCAUAUUACUAUUGUUUUGAUGGAUAUAGUAUGGCUGACAACAGUAAAAUGCUGUGUAAUGCUCAAGGAAAGUGGGUACCUCCUGAUGGCAAGGACAUGCCUUAUUGUAUUGCUGAUUUUUGUGAGAAACCUCCCGCUGUUGCAUACGGUAUUUUGGAAUCAAGUAGCAAAGCAAAAUUUGUCUCUGGCACAACAGUUAGCUUCAAAUGUAUGGAAGGCUUCAUACUAAACACAUCCUCCAAGAUUGAGUGCUUACGUGGUGGAGAAUGGAACCCAUCACCUACAACAAUUCAGUGCAUCCCAGUCCGUUGUGGAGAACCACCUGGUAUCAAAAAUGGUUAUGUCAGUGGAAAUAACUACAGCUUUGAUGCAGUGGUAGCUUACAGUUGCAAUAAAGGGUACUACAUAAAAGGGGAGAAGAAACGGACAUGUCAGGCAUCUGGAGAAUGGAGUGGUCGACUUCCUGCUUGUCAUCCAGUGUCCUGUGGCCAACCACCUGAGCUCGAAAAUGGUGUCAUAGAGAAUAAAACAGGGGUUGUUUUUGAGGAUUCGGUAACUUACACCUGCAAACCUGGAUACAAACUAAUCGGGAGCAGUAAAAGAGUAUGCCAGUCCAACAAACAGUGGUAUAGUGAAUCUCCACCAUCAUGUAUUCUACUUAGCUGUGAAAAACCACCAACUCUAAAAAAUGGUGACAUUAAAGGAGCAACUAUUGAUGUUGGUUCAAAAAUUGAAUUUGUAUGUGAUGAGGGCUAUGAACUUAUUGGAGAAACGAGCUGGACUUGUCAGAAGAAUGGAAAGUGGGACAAAAAACUGUUACCUACCUGUGUGCCAUCAAAAUGCCAAGAACCCCCACUAUUACAAAACCAGCUAGUACUUAAAGAAGUUGCUAAUGAAACAGGAGUUGUGAGAUUUUCCUGUAGAGAGGGCUAUGUUCUCCAAGGUUCCUCUGUUUUACGAUGUCUACCAUCACAGCACUGGAAUGAUUCUUUCCCAUUAUGUAAGCUUGUUCUCUGUCCUAAGCCACCAGAAAUUGAUUUUGGAGACCCCAAAUCAGUGCCUUCUCUUCAUUACGGAUCUACAAUACAAUAUACCUGUAUGGAUGGCUUUUUGCUUCGGGGACCAUCUGAAAUAAUAUGUGAAGCUGAUGGCAGUUGGGGUCCAGAACUUCCCAGCUGUAUUCCAGUUGAGUGUCCUCAACCAGAUGAAAUUCCUAAUGGAAUUGUUGAUGUUCAAGGACUGACUUAUCUGAGCACAGUUCUUUAUACAUGCAAGCCUGGAUAUGAGUUAUUAGGAAAUGCUACAUUAAUUUGUGGACCAUUAGGACACUGGUUGGGUGGUCUGCCGGUAUGUAAGCCUGUCAGAUGUCCUGGAGCCAAAGAUAUUCCAAAUGGAAAAAGUUCUUCACACAGCCUUCAUUAUGGACAAACUGUAACCUAUUCAUGUAAUAAAGGAUUUAGACUUGAAGGACAACCUAUUAUUACUUGCAUGGAAACAGGAGCAUGGGAUUUUGAACCCCCUACCUGUAAAGAGAUAGCCUGUGAUCCCCCUCAAGCUAUUCACAAUGGCUUUGUUGAAGGAGCUGAUCAUAGGUAUGGAGCCAUGAUCAUUUAUAGUUGUAUGCCUGGAUUUCAGUUGACUGGACCUGCCAUAAUUACUUGUGAAGAUUCAGGGUGGUCCAGUCCUACUCCACUGUGUGUGCAUACAGAUUGUGGUCUCCCACCACAUAUUGACUUUGGGCAGUAUAGUAUAUAUGAAGACAAAAUAAUAAAUGGGGACCUGAAGCUUAAAAUGUAUGAUGCCUCACUUACCACCCAACCUCCAGUCACUCUACAUAGUUACCACAAAGGUAAUUAUUCAGUUAUUGAUAAAAACAAUGAUAUAUCAGAAUUUUUGUAUGGAACUUUUAUUUUAUACACUUGUUACAAUAGCUAUGAAGUUUUUGGAACACCCCUAUUGUAUUGUCAGGAAGAUGGUACUUGGAAUGGAAGUGCUCCUGUCUGUUUACCAAUUGAAUGCAAGAUUCCUAUAGCUCCUGAAAAUGGCAUGGUACACUAUGCAGAUAAUUCAGUUGAUAGCACUAUUUAUUAUAAAUGUAAAGAAGGAUUUGAACUUAUUGGGUCAGAGAAUAGCACAUGCUUGUCUACUAAGAAAUGGAGUAAAGAUAUUCCACAGUGUGCUGUCAUAUUUUGCAAGCCACCUAACCAGAUACUAAAUGGGCACAUAGAAGCCUCAAAUUACUCAUAUAUGAGUGUUGUAUAUUAUAAAUGUGACCCAGGGUACAAAAUCCAUGGUUCUAGCAAAAGAACAUGUCAAGAAGAUACACAAUGGGAUGGGGAAGAACCUAUCUGCAUUCCUAUUUCUUGUGGUCAACCCACAGCCUUGAUAAACGGACAAGUCAAAGGGAAUGAUUAUCGGUACGGAAAACAUAUUGAGUAUGAGUGCUUUGAAGGCUUCCAGCUCAGUGGGGAUAGUAACAUAACCUGCCUUGAGGAUGGACACUGGAGUGGAACAAUAUCAGAAUGUUUACAAAUCAUGUGUAAAGCACCUCCAGCUGCUGAUAAUGGGCAGAUUGAAGGGACAGAAUAUAUGGUUGGAAGCAGUAUUAUUUAUAAGUGUAAUGAUGGAUAUAUAUUGGAAGGGGCAUCAAAACUUACCUGCCAAAAAGAUGGGACAUGGGAUGCAAAGCCUCCACUGUGUGCUGCCAUUGACUGUGGUCCUCCAGAAGAUAUUUCUCAUGGUUUCCUUAACAGUUCAGGCUUUCUUUACAAUGAAUAUGUACAAUAUAUUUGCUUUUCUGGUUAUGAAAUACAUGGAAGUCCAACACGACAAUGUUUAGCAAGUGGCUUGUGGAGUGGAAAUGCCCCCAGUUGUCUUCCUUGUGAAUGCCCUAAACCAUUUGUCCAAAAUGCUAAAGUUAUUGGGGAUGACUUAAGCUGUGGCCAUUCAAUCACAGUCAAAUGUCAUGAUGGCUUCAAACUGUUUGGAAAUUCUGAACUAAGUUGUGAGUCUGCUGGAAAAUGGAGCUCAGGCUUUCCAUAUUGUGGAAAGGUUUCUUGUGGUCCUCCACCUAUAAUUCCAAAUGCAUUCAUCAAUGGAAGUAGUUCAACACUUGAGAAUGCAAUCAAAUACACUUGCCUCACUGGCUAUGUAAUGCAAGGAAUACCCGAUCUUGUGUGCACAGAAGAAGGAAAGUGGAGUAAACCCUACCCUGUUUGUCAGUUACUUUCCUGUGGACCACCACCCAUUAUUCCUAACACUGAAAUAACUGGCAACUCCUACAGUUUUGGAAGUGUGAUUGAAUAUCGAUGUGAAGAUGGCUAUAUAAUGGAUGGGGAUGUUGCAAUAAAAAGCUGUUUAGAGGAUGGAGCCUGGUCAACAGAGGAAAUUAUUUGUAUGCCAAGAAAGUGUAAAUUGCAGUCAGAUACAGUAAAAAUCAAGGCAGAUUAUGAUAUAAAUAAAACUGUAACAGUCAUAUGCAAAACUGGUUAUACAUUAUCAGGACCGAGCACUUCAACCUGUAUGACAGAUGGUAACUGGUUACCUCCUUUGACUGAUGACAUAUGUUCUCCUAUAUCAUGUGGACAACCUCCUGCUCCUAAUCAUGGCACAGUGCUUGGUACACAAUAUUUCUACAAAUCUUCCAUUGUGUACCAAUGUGAUGCUGGAUAUGAAAUACAUGGUCCAGUUGAAAGAGUCUGUGAGGCUAACAAGUCAUGGAGUGGAGUGGAACCUCAAUGCAAAAGGAUUUUCUGCAACCCUCCUGAGCCAAUACAGAAUGGUCUUAUCCACGGUACUAAUUAUUUUUUUGAAGAUGAAAUUCACUAUAGUUGUAACCAAGGAUAUGAACUGAAUGGACCAAGCCGUAGGAUCUGUCAUGUGGAUAAACAAUGGCGUCCAUCUCCUCCUACGUGUGUGAAGACCAGAUGUGAAGUCCCAAAUGAUAUGAAAAAUGGACACACUGAGUACAUAAAUGCUACUGUUGGUAGUACUGUGAGGUACCACUGUAAUAAUGGAUAUAGUCUGGAAGGAGAAGAUCUUUCCAAAUGCACAGAAGAUGGAAACUGGAGUCAUCCUGCACCUUUAUGUAAACCAAACCCUUGCCCUGUGCCAUUUGUAAUCCCUGACAAUGCAAUUCUGACAGAAACUGAAUUUUAUGUUGGCCAAAAAUUGUCCAUGAAAUGUCGAAAGGGCUAUCGUCUUGUUGGCCAGGCUGUUAUAACAUGUAAUGCUGAUUUAACCUGGACAGAAACAAGUGCUAAAUGUGAAAAAAUAUCUUGUGGACCACCAAUUCAUGUGAAAAAUGCAAUGCUACGAGGAUUGUUUCAUCACUAUGGAGACAUGGUGACAUAUUCUUGUUACAGUGGAUAUAUGUUAGAGGGAUCUUUUAGAAGUAUUUGCUUAGAGAAUCAAACAUGGACCACACCUCCUACAUGCAGAGCCGUGUGCAGAUUCCCAUGUCAGAAUGGUGGUGUCUGUGAAAGACCAAAUGCAUGUUCAUGUCCUGAAGGUUGGAUGGGAAGACUUUGUGAAGAACCAAUUUGCAUCCUUCCUUGUCUAAAUGGAGGUCGUUGUACAGCUCCAUACAAAUGCGACUGUUUAAAGGGGUGGACUGGAUCUCGUUGUCAUCUUGCUGUUUGUCAGUCCCCUUGCUUAAAUGGAGGUAGAUGUGUAAGACCAAACAGAUGUCAUUGCCCACCAAGUUGGACAGGGCAUGACUGCUCUAAAAAAAGAAAGAAUGGGUUUUCUCAUUUUUAGUGGUAAAUUGGAUUUGUUGCACAAAAGAGAAUACAUUUCAUGCAGGAUCUAAUCUGGAGUGCAUUUUAAUUCAAAUUUGAAUGCCAUAAUGUGAUAUACUUUCUUAUGCUUGUGGAUGUUUUUUUUUACAAUUCUUUUUUUAUUUUCAAAUGCAAAUGUAUAUUAAUAAUAUGCUGCUGAAGGUUGAAUGUUAAUUGAAUAGGGAUAUUGUAUAUACUUUCUAAUGUUUACUUAAAUACUGCGUCUAAAUGGUUUUCAUUGCCUAAGGUAAUUGUAUGGGAUAUACUUGUGAUGGCAGUGAGUUAGAAAAAAAACAUAAAAUACAGAGUUUGCCAGUGUUUAUAUAAAUAUAUCUUUUUGUUGCUUUAUAUUAAUUAGAUUUAAGGUUCAACACAAAAAUCUGUUUAUUUUGUUCAUUGUUAAACUAUGUUGUUGACGUGAAUUACCCAUAAAAGCAAAGCUUAUAAUACAUUUUAUAAUAAAAUGAAAGAA